AUGGUGGAAUGUGAUACUGAAAGCAAUGUAUCCCGUCCACAACUGGAUCAAACAUUGACGAAAGCCUUACAGAUUGCUGAUUACGUUUUUGUAAUGACAAUGACAUUUGAACUGCUGGUGAAAAUCGUCGCAAAUGGCUUAUUCUUCACACCGAAGGCUGAUUCCAUUUUUGAUUUCAACCAAGAACCACAAAGUGGCUAUUUUAAGACUAGCGUAGCCUUUUUGAUGUGGAUGCCUCGUCAUGUCGAGAUCAACUCGUUCGCUCAACUUUUGAUGAUAUUCCGUGCAAUGAGACCUCUACGUGUAUACACACUGGUUCCACACAUACGACGGGUUGUUAUGGAGUUUUUUCGUGGAUUCAAAGAAAUUUUAUUGGUCACCAUACUCAUGAUUGUUGUAAUGUUCGUCUUUGCAAGCUUCGGAGUGCAAAUGGUUGGAGGCAAGCUGGCCGCCUGCAAUGACCCAACUAUCAAGUCCAGGGAAAAUUGUACGGGAAUAUUUUGGCAAAAGAUCUUUGUCACACGGCUUGAAGUUUUUGGAAAAGACGAUGAAGGGAUGCAUCCGAAAAUAUUAGUACCACGUGUAUGGACGAACCCAAGGAAUUUCAAUUUUGAUCACGUCGGCAACGCUAUGCUUGCGCUGUUUGAGACACUGUCAUACAAAGGUUGGAAUGUGAUCAGAGACAUUUUAUGGAGCCGGCAAGGGCCUUGGGCCGUCGUUUUCAUUCAUAUUUACGUCUUCAUUGGUUGUAUGAUUGGAUUGACGCUGUUCGUGGGUGUCGUGGUUGCCAACUACACGGAGAAUCGAGGAACAGCGCUGUUGACUGUAGACCAGAGACGUUGGCAUGAUCUGAAGGCCCGUCUGAAGAUGGCACAACCGCUUCAUGUUCCUCCCAAACCAUCGGAGUCGGCACGACUUGGCACCGUCUUCUACGAACUCACACUAAGUCGUCGUUUUAGUCAGAUCAUCCUGAAAGUGUUGGCGUUCACAUUUGCUGGGUUCUGGCAAUCUCGUCGCAACAGGAUCGAUCUGCUCAUAACCGUAUUCGGCUUGUUCUGGAUUUUUCUGCACUUUUUUGUUGCUCUCCCUUCCAGCUCCUUUGAUCCAGCACCUCAGAAACAACUGAAAACCUUCACUUACACUUUUGGGUACAUCAUUGUGAUUCUACGGUUCUUUACGAUUGCGAGUCGAAAUUCAACUUUGAAAAUGCUGAUGCUCACUGUUGUGAUGGGUACGUUCCGAUCAUUCUUCAUCAUCACAGCGAUGUUCCUCCUAGUCCUUUUCUAUGCGUAUACGGGUGUCAUACUCUUUGGAAUGGUGAAGUACGGCCAAGCCGUCAGCAAGUACGUGAUCUUUCAUCCUCUACUUUUUUCGUGA